AUGGUCACGAAAUGGCAGCCACCGGACCCCCCAUGGAUCAAAUUUAAUGUCAAGGGAGCCUACAUUGAGGUGACAGGUCGAUCCGGUGGCGGAGGCAUCUUUCGGAAUCCUCACGGCAACCUUGUCUCGGCCUUCCUCGCACCAUUGGCCGCGAAGUCCGAACUCGAAGCGGAAUUGGAGAUGAUCUGCCGGGACCUCUCCCAUGCUAGAGGCUGUGGCCAUCGGACAUGGGUCGAGACCAGCUCGAGACAAGCCCCGCCUCUGAUUAACAAAGGCGAAUGGGGACCAGCCAACGUCCGGCACCUCAUGGUUAACAUUCGACAUUUGAUGGCCGAGAGCAAUAGCCGAAUUAGCACCACCCACUACGUUGGCAACAAAGCAGCAGCCCUUCUAGCUCAAUUGGGAAUUGAAGCCACACUUCGCCAGACCAUCGCGGAAGACUCAGCACCUAGGUUACUUCGUGCAAUCAUCCAUCUUGAAAAGUCGGGCACGCCCUACAUUAGCCUAAGGGGCGAUGGGUGA